AUGUAUUUCCUUUCAGGUGGUGAAGGCACGGGUGGAAGAUUUGUUGUUGGAAUAAGCUCAAGUGGUGGUGGUGGAAGGGGAAGAGGACAAGGAGGUGGUGAAGCCACGGGUGGAAGAUUUGUUGUUGGAAUAAGCUCAGGUGGUGGUGGUGGAAGGGGAAGAGGACAAGGAGGUGGAGGAUUUGGUGUUGGAUUAGGCUCAGGUGGAGGUGUUAGAGGGGGAAGAGGAUCCGGAGGUGGUGUUGGAGGAGGUUUUGGCGGUGGUACAGGAUUUGGACAAGGCGUAGGAUUAUGGCAAGGAGGUGGUGUUGGAGGAGGUUUUGGUGGUGGUACAGGAUUUGGACAAGGCGUAGGAUUAUGGCAAGGAGGUGGUGAGGGAACAGGUGGAGUAGGAGGAGGAGGAAAAGGACUUGGAGAUGCAGCAGAUGGUGGAUAUGGAAAUAAUAUAUUGGGAAUUGGAAUAUUUCUUUCUGUGCUUUUUGCAGGUUUCGCAAAGGCUAAAUGGUUAUCAAAUAAAUUAAAUAAUUGAUAAUAAAUAAGAUUUAUAUUGAAAAUGUUUCGAUGAGUUCUUGCCUUACGGCUAAAUAAGAACAUUUGUUGUUAUUAUAAGAUCACCCGCAAAAAAAGUGAGCAAAUUUGGUUAAGAGUUUCGAGAAGUGACUUUUAUAUAUAAGUACCUAAUUUAAUUUCAAUUGGACAAAGUGUUAAGACUUAUUUUGAGAGAAUUUUUUUCUCAAUUUCAACACCCUCUAACGGCUAAGCGAAGAAAUCAAAGAUGUGGGAAAAUUUCGGAACACCCUGUACCCUUGUAAGUACUGAUAUGACUUUCUCAGCCUCAACUCAUGAAAUACAUAUUUGGAGUGAUGAGAAAAAUUAUAGUUAAUGACGUGAUAAGAUUUGAUGUACAGAACUGUAGGUGUAUAUAAAUUAGUGAAAUCAGUAUGGCACCUUUGAAUGAAUAUGGUAUACAAGACGUAUUACUUCUUCCUACAAUUAACUGGUGUUUGUAUCCAAAACAUUCAGUAACGCCGUUCCUUCAAUUUUAUGGUUACGUAACAAAUAUAGUCGCUUAUUAUCUGUCUUAGGGAAUGUACUCAAAGCUUUUAAAUAGUGCUGGAGGAAGAGAAGAAACGCUGUAUUAAAAAAUGUUCUGGUUUAAUUUUACAGAUAAUGUACCAGUCUUUAGAAAAGCUAGUAAUUAUCAGUUUUUCAAAGCUACUUACUAGUUGGUAAUACAGAUUGUUUUAUG